ACACUAACAAACGGGAAAACAGUCCAUUGCCGAGACAAACUGCUGCUCACUGAUCCAUUGACCCAUAGAGAGACUCUCAAAAUGGAAAAGGGAAGAAGAGCUCCCGGAACUUGCGAGUGGAUCAGAGAGAAUGAAGCAUAUAAAUCUUGGCUUGACGGUGAUGAGAAGUGCCUGUGGAUCCAUGGUGGCCCUGGAAAAGGUAAAACAAUGCUUUCUAUUUUCUUGACGGAAGAACUUGAAAGCAAAGAAAUAACUUUAUUAUUUUUCUUUUGUAUUAAUGGAGAUAAAAAUCGAAAUAAUGCGAUUUCCGUUCUAAGAGGACUGGUAUACCAACUUCUUACUAAGCAUCUAAAUUUAUUAAAAUAUAUUUCGUCAUAUUUCGAAACGGAAAAGAUAGCUGAAAAUACAUUAUCAUCGCCGGUUGCUCUCUGGUCAAUGUUCAAGACCCUACUACAAAGCCCAGAGCUCGGCGCCGUCUUUUGUGUACUCGACGGGCUUGAUGAGUGCGAUGAAAAUUCCCUGGAGAACCUGAGCAGGCAGUUCCGUGACUUUUAUUUUCCAUCGGAUCACAAAAGACACAUUGCUCAAAAUUUGAAGUUGGCGAUUGUGAGCCGAAAAAUCAAUGGGCUACAGGGCUUUCGCCAGAUUCGAUUGGAUCCUGACAAUAAUAACUGCAUAAAUGAAGAUAUCAAACAGUUCAUCUCCGCCAGUGUGCAAGAGCUGUCACGGCUGCCAGGCUUUAACGAUGGCUUCCGCAAGAAUAUAGAGAAAACUCUGUUGAGUCGGUCUGAAGGCACCUUUCUAUGGAUAGGUUUCGUCAUGUGCGAGCUCUUAAGGUGCAUAACGUGCACAGAGGUGACUGGCGUUCUCAAUGUUCUUCCGAGUGGACUUCCUGCCAUGUACGGCCGGAUGUUGAAGCAGAUUAAGAGCAGUCAACGACGCCUUUUAUCCUCGAUCUUAAUUUGCGUCACAAUGGCCCUUCGCCCAAUGAAAUUGGAGGAAUUAAAGACAGCUGUAUCCCUCUUGAGCGACACAUCGAUUUCCAGCAAUCAUGUCAUGCGUGAUCAUAUCAUAUCUUGUGGACCUAUCCUCCAGACUUAUGAUGGACAAGUUAGCCUUGUUCAUCAAUCAGCGAGGGACUACUUGUUACGGGAGGAUGUUGAUGACGAUCCAAUACUCGAGGAGUUUCGGAUCAAAGCGGAAGAAGCGCAUGCUAAUCUGGCAAAAAUAUGCCUUGAUUACAUUGAAAAGAGCGACUUCCGCCAUCAAUCUCUGAAUAUUGGGGAUCCAGAUGCAUCAAUUUUGCAGAAAUGGCCUCUAUUACAGUACGCAGCAAUGUACUGGCCCGAACAUGCAAGGCGGUCUUUGUAUGCAGACGAGGAUGCGAUCCUCUCUCGGCCUUUCUUCCAGAACGAAUGUACUGUGCGGGAUCAGUGGUGGCAACGUGUCAUAAAUCAAAAGGAUGAGGAUGGCGUUACGGCGCUAGAGUGGGCUGCCGGCAAUGGCCACAAAGCCGUCGUGCAGACACUCCUCGCAAACGGCGCUGAUGUUAACGAACCGGAUGAAUAUGGUUGCAGGUCUAAUGCGCUUGACUCUGCUGCCGGCAGAGGCUACGAAGCUAUUGUGCAGCUGCUGCUUGCAAACGGUGCUAAUGCCAACACGAGAGAUCAUCAUGGCGAUACAGUGCUAAUAUUGGCUACUGAAUUUGACCACGAAGCUGUUGUGCGGCUGCUAAUUACAUACGGCGCUGAUGUUAAUACAGAUAAUAAUUGGGGAGGCGAAACAGCGCUAAUCAUGGCUGCCCGCCGUGGCAGUGAGGCUGUUGUGCAGCUGUUGCUUGCGAACGGCGCUGAUGCUAAUAUCCCGGAUAGAGGUGGCUAUACUGCUCUAAGCAAGGCUGCUGGUUGUAACAAGGAAGCCAUUGUGCAGCUACUGCUUACACACGGCGCUGAUGUUAAUACAAAAGAUAAACAUGGUUAUACAGCGCUACGCAACGCUGCCUACAAAGGCCAUGAAGCUGUUGUGAAGCGGCUACUCACACACGGCGCUGAUGUUAAUAUAAAAGAUAAACAUGGUUAUACAGCGCUUUCCUCCGCUGCUGGCAACGGUCACGAAGCUGUUGUGCGGCUGCUGCUCGCACAUGGCGCU